UGCGACACAUAUGUCAGAGACAGAGAGACAGGAAACGCAGAAUAAGAUGAGAAAAAAAAAUUCAAAGCUGGCCUGAGAAAAAAAAAGAAAACAGAGCAGGGGUCCAGGAGGAGAUUUGCAUGGCACCCUCUCUCCCCAGACCCACAGAGGUCCAGGUCUGCAGACGUCACUGGUCGAGAGGAUCUUUGUUUUCUCUCCACCUCUCGCUGGAGGAAGUUUAUCACCCAGCCUGGGACGGGACGGUCUCCUCUGCCGCUCUUCUCAUCCAUCUAUCGGCUUGUACUGCGCUCUUUCUCCUGCAUGGUGGAUAUUUUGCUCAACACUUCUUUCUUGGAUGAUAUGGGGGAUCAUUCCAAAAAGAAGUCGGGAAUCGCUAUGUGUGUGGGCUGUGGAAGUCAGAUACAUGACCAGUACAUCCUAAGAGUGUCCCCGGACCUGGAGUGGCAUGCAGCCUGCCUCAAAUGUGCAGAGUGCAGCCAGUACCUGGACGAGACCUGCACGUGCUUUGUCCGGGACGGAAAGACAUAUUGUAAAAGAGAUUACGCAAGGUUAUUUGGCAUCAAAUGUGCAAAGUGUAACAUGGGCUUCUGCAGCAGUGACCUGGUGAUGAGAGCCCGGGACAGUGUGUAUCACAUGGAGUGUUUUCGGUGCUCGGUUUGCAGUCGACACCUCCUGCCGGGGGACGAGUUCUCUCUGCAGGACGACGAGCUGCUGUGUCGGGCGGACCACGGCUUGUUACUGGAGCGAGCCUCUGCAGGGAGCCCGCUGAGCCCGGGGAAUAUCCGCAGCAGACCACUGCAUAUCUCCGACCCGGUUUCGGUCCGGCAUCCUCCUCAUCACCGGAACCACGUGCACAAACAGUCUGAGAAGACGACCCGAAUCCGGACGGUGCUGAACGAGAAACAGCUCCACACCCUGCGGACCUGUUACAACGCCAACCCGCGGCCGGACGCUCUGAUGAAGGAGCAGCUGGUGGAAAUGACCGGCCUGAGCCCCCGAGUGAUCCGAGUCUGGUUCCAGAACAAGCGCUGCAAAGACAAGAAAAGGUCAAUCCUGAUGAAGCAGCUAGCGCAACAGCAACACAGCGACAAGACGAAUCUGCAGGGCCUGACAGGCACAGCUCUGGUAGCAGGGAGUCCCAUCAGACACGACAACACGGUGCAGGGGAAUCCUGUGGAGGUGCAGACCUACCAGCCUCCGUGGAAAAGCCUCAGUGACUUCGCCCUGCAGAGCGACCUGGAUCAGCCUGCCUUCCAACAACUGGUAUCUUUUUCUGAAUCAGGCUCUUUGGGUAACUCCUCGGGCAGUGAUGUGACCUCUCUGUCGUCGCAGUUACCGGACACACCGAACAGUAUGGUGCCAAGUCCCGUGGACACGUGAGGGAAGGCCUCGAGGUCAGCUUGAGCCCCGGAGCGCGCGCGCCUGCGUCCUCCACUGCAGGGUCACACGGACACCUCAAUGACGUUCAAUCAAGAAGAGCGAGACAUGGAGGAGCAGGAUGGAUUAUGCUUGUGGAGACAUUCAGGUCCCGACUGGAAGAUGGGAGAUCUGACUGUUAUCUUUAAAUAUUUCGGCAUUUCAGCUCACUGUCUUGCUUAAGGAUAUCUGGCGAGACACACAGGACUUAUGGGCUUACUCUUUACCAUGAUGCCAAUGCCUGAACUGGCCAUAACUUGGUGAAUAUGGGAUUCAGACACGUGAGCCCGUGUUGGACGAUAAGCUUCCCAUAAGCUACUAUUUGAUCUAAUAUACAAACUGUGUAGGCCUACACGUGCAUGAUUUGUAAGUUUCAGUAUCAACUCUUGUAAAUGAAACAGGUGAGACGCGCUUUGUUCGCGUUUUCUCUCCAUAUAAUAACUUAUUAUUAUUUAUUAUGAGGACAGACAUAUCGGAUCUUAUCAAUAAAAAUGAGUUCUAAAUGA